AUGGUGGCUGCUCGGCGGUCGUGGCCUACAUGGUUACGAUAUGCAUCAGUGAUACUGGCGCUUUCUGCUCCCAUAUGCGGAAAUGGAGUCCAGAACUCUACACAACCGGCUGAUCGGGCGAUCGUUUUGCAUACGUGUCCGGCUCGGAAUGUGUGGGAGGUAGAGGCAGAGCUAUUCCAGGAACCGAUUUGCUGGGAAACUCGUUGGGGUCAGGGGAAAGAACAGGAACAAACAGCUUCUACUCAGUCCAGUGAGCCUGGUAGAUAUAGCACCUCGACGAUACCCUUAACUGCCGCGGUGGGCGGAACACCACCGGCUGUUGCAGCGCAGGAUCCAGAUCACGAAGCGGAUGCAGACUCUUUACUCGACAGCUCGAGCUUUCUUUCAUUCGAGGAUUGGAAGAAACAGAAUUUGGCCAAGGUCGGGCAAUCAGCCGAAAAUGUUGGAGGCAGCAGGCGUGCUGCGGCAGCUGGCAAGGAAGGCCGGCGGCAACCGGGUAUUAACAAUGCCCUGGAUUCUCUAGGAGAUGAUGGCGAGAUUGAAUUGGAUUUUGGCGGGUUCGGCGCUGAAACGCCCGAGGCCAGUCCGACGGCCUGGGCAACCCCAAUCCCGUCCCAAUAUGCCGACCAGUUGGAUGACGAGGAGAAUGGUGGUGCCCAUACCCAGACUGCGCCCCAGCCAGAUGUCUCCCGGCGCAAGGAUGCUGGCACAACUUGCAAAGAGCGGUUCAACUAUGCAUCUUUUGACUGCGCAGCGACGGUGCUGAAGACAAAUCCCGAAUGCAAGGGCUCGUCAGCGGUGCUCGUUGAGAAUAAGGAUAGUUACAUGCUGAACGAGUGUCGCGCCAACAACAAGUUCCUGAUUCUGGAGCUAUGCGACGAUAUCCUAGUGGAUACGGUCGUUCUCGCGAACUACGAGUUCUUCAGCUCGAUCUUCCAUACAUUCCGCGUGAGUGUCUCGGAUCGCUACCCUGCGAAACCGGACCAGUGGAAGGAAUUGGGAGUCUUUGAAGCGAGAAAUACUCGCGAGGUGCAAGCCUUUGCGGUCGAGAACUCGCUGAUCUGGGCUCGUUACUUGCGGGUUGAGUUUUUGACCCACUACGGCCACGAGUUUUACUGUCCCCUCAGUCUGAUCCGGGUUCAUGGAACUACGAUGAUGGAGGAGUAUAAGCAUGAUGAGAGUGUUAAUCGUGCGGAGCCGGAGGUUGUGGAAACGGUGGAGACUGCCGAGGUCUCUGACGAGGCCGAGGCUCAGCAGUUUGAAGCCCGUAUUGAAGAGAUUGCGAUUGAGAGCGAGGAGUAUGAACAGAUUCAUGAGAUGUGUCCCAACCCUCUCAUGGAAGUUGAAUCGCUUCUCUUGGGAGGGUCUCUCUUUCUGUCUGAUCUUUGCAGACCUGAUGAAGAGACUGCCACUGCGAACAGGCCCGAGAAGAUUGUCCCGCCGGCCAAGACCAAACUACCAUCGCACAUCAACUCGACGGUCACACCGGGAGAUGCAGCUUCUACCUCUCAAUCCGGAACUGUCGUUCCACCCAAAGUCCCGGAAGAUGCUCGAAAGACUGGUGAUUCGGCCAAACCUGUACCUGCGACCCCUGAUACCCCAGUUGCCGUCACAGAUGCGUCCCAACAGAACGUUACCGUUGAAAGCACGGUGAAGACCACCACCAAUCCUAAAGAAGAGCAGCAAAACAGUCCACCACAAGAGUCUACUCGACCAACCUCUACCCAACCUCCAUCCCCCAAUCCGCCUACGCAGGAAUCCUUCUUUAAAUCCGUCCAUAAGCGGCUGCAAAUGCUGGAAUCCAACUCCACGCUAUCCCUGCUCUACAUCGAAGAGCAAUCUCGAAUCCUCCGUGAUGCAUUUAACAAAGUCGAGAAACGUCAACUCGCAAAGACAUCUACCUUCCUCGAAAACCUGAACAUCACGGUACUCAACGAACUCAAAGAGUUCCGCGAACAAUACGACCAUGUCUGGAAAUCCGUCGCCUUUGAAUUCGAGCACCAGCGUGUGCGGUACCACCAAGAAGUGCAUUCUCUCAGUGCCCAACUCGGCGUUCUCGCCGAUGAGCUGGUCUUCCAGAAACGAGUCACCAUGAUCCAAAGUAUCAUGGUGCUUUGCUGCUUCGCGGUAGUCCUAUUCUCGCGAGGAUCCGUCGGCACUUACAUGGAAUUCCCUCGCGUCCAACGCAUGGUGGCUCGGUCUUACAGCCUGCGCUCCUCUUCCCCUCCUUUCGAAUCACCGUCUGCCAGCCCAGGGUCUACACGGCCGACAUCCUCGUACCAAGAGCACUCCGCCCAUCGGCGGAACCUGUCGGAUAGUUCCUCGUCGCAGGAUAGCCCCAAUAGCCCCGAGGUGGCGUACAUACCGCCCACGCCAACUUCAGACGUCUCUCGGGAAUUCGACGAAGAGGAGAAGCACCCACAAUCCCCGUCUCCCGAUUCGAUAUCGUUGCCUACGCUGGGCACGCCGCAGCUCCGGUCGCAUAGCACGCCGCCCGUGCUGAAUGCUCACCUAUCGGAAUUGGAUCUGAAUGGCGACGGCGAGGAUACUAUCCUUGCACCUUCGGUCUCGACUCCAUCAGAGGAACCUCGUCGGUUGUCAUGA